AUGAUUUACCUAGUAUUGAUACUGUUGAGAGUAUCUGAUGGUUUGGAUUUGGGGGAGAUUCCUUGUAAUUAGUUUAACAAUGAAGGAUCGUGUAAAUAGAGUGGUUAUUGUUAAUGGUCUGGUUAAUGUUAUGGAUAGCAUUGUCAUUUGAUAGAUGAGGUUGCAGCAUGUAGGAAUGCUGGGAUUAUGACUCUUUACUGUGUAGCAGUCCCUUACAUGCCACUUCAAUACGCUUAAACUUGUUAUGAAAAUACUUCAUCAGGUUUGAAGACUUAUUACUCACGAUUUGUUUCAGAUUUGACAAUAGAUGUGAUACAACAAACAAGUAUUUUGUUCAGUGAUCUAAUCAAUGGAGAGAGGAGCAUAACUAAUAUGUUAAGAUUGUACAAUCUUGAUGUGUUGUCAAGAUAGAAUGAUGAGUUAAAUCAGAUUUUGGAUUUGUACAUCUCAUUUGCCGAAUUGUUGAUCACCUAAUAUUCACAUCCCUAUUAUUUAGAGAGAAUAAUGUAUGAAUCAAUCUAAAAUAUCAGAGAUGAUACUCAAUUAAAUAUUUCAAAGAAGAGAAACACUAUGAUUAAGAUUUUGGAAAUUCUUGACAUUUAUUAUUUAAGGUUGAAGACAUUUUCAGAGUUUUAUUAAACACAGUAUAAUUUUAUUAAUUUCAACCAGGUUCAUUUGAAAUACCUAUAAUUAUAAUAUUUGGGAUAGGCUACUAUAACAUGGACUGAGUAUGAAUCAAAUGGGAUGUUGUAAGUGACUGUGCUGUACGCAGAAAUCUUUGGUAAGUAAUCUCCCAUGACUCCAAUUUAUAUCAUAAGAACCAGCAACAAUAUAAAUUUGUAAUAUAAAUUAAAAUGCUAUUUCAAUACCUUUCGCCCGGUGGCAUUAAAACAAAUCAAUUUGAUAACGAUGAAAAUGUACGAAACCUUUGUGCAACCAUAAUGUAGUAGUGGAUACUGUGAGGUUGACUUGUAAGGAGCAGGCAAUUACUUAUUUGUAGACAUGUCCAAAGUUGAUUAAUGUAAUGCUAUAUAAAGUAUAACUACUUGCGUGUUAGCUAACUGUGUGGUAGAUCUGCAGAGCCGUACUUGUCAUUGA